AUGGGAGAGAAAUUUUGGGUGAAUGAAGAAGACAGGGUCAUGGUGGAGUCUGUACUAGGUACUGAAGCGUGCCAGUUCUUGACCUCUCUGGUUUCUGAAAAUGUGUUCACAGACUUGGUUAGGCCGCCUGGUAAAUUGGGUGUGCAGCAGGGCCUGUCCCAGCUCGUCAAAGGAUCCAAUUGGAAUUAUGCCAUUUUCUGGCAGGUUGUCGGCUCGAAAUCUGGUGGAUCUGCCUUGAUUUGGGGUGAUGGACAUUGCAGAGACACAAAGGAUGGCGGAGUUGCAGGCGAGAAUUCCAGUUUGGAUGGCAGUUUUGAGGGAGUGCAGAAGAAAGAGGAGGUGAAAAAGUGGGUGCUUGAGAAGCUCCAUGCAUGUUUUGGUGGUUUGGAUGAGGGUUAUGCUAGGAGGUUGGAUGGGGUGUCAGAUGUGGAAAUGUUUUACCUCACUUCAAUGUAUUAUGCAUUUCAACUUGAUUCACACAGUGGUCCUGGGGAGUCGUACAAGUCCGGUAAAUCAAUUUGGGUUUCAGAUGUGGGUGGUUGUUUACACCAUUACCAGUCAAGAUCAUAUUUAGCAAGAUUGGCCGGGUUCCAAACAGUGGUGUUUGUACCUAUGAAAUCAGGAGUUGUUGAGCUUGGUUCAGUCAAAGCAAAUCCAGAAGAACAGAAUCUAGUAAAUAUGGUCAGAAAUUUAUUUGGGGAAUCUAGUUCUGUUCAGGCAAAGGCAUUUCCAAUGAUUUUUGGACGUGAGCUCAGUCUUGGUGGUCCAAAAUCACAAUCGAUCAAUAUUGCCUUUUCCCCAAAGAUAGAGGAAGAUUCUACAUUUCCUCCAGAGUCAUUUGAAUUACAAUCAGUAGGUACUUCAAAUGGAUGUCAAAGUGAGGAUAGUGAAGUAAAACUGUUUCCGCAAUUGAACCAAAUGAUGGUUGGGGGUUUCAGUGCUCCGACAAUAGUUUCAAGUUUGGAGCUGCCUAAGGAUGAGUCCUCAGCACAAAUUGAUGAGCGGAAACCCAGAAAGAGAGGGAGAAAGCCUGCCAAUGGGAGAGAAGAACCAUUGAAUCAUGUGGAAGCAGAGCGGCAGAGGCGCGAGAAGCUUAACCAGAGGUUCUAUGCACUAAGAGCUGUUGUUCCUAACAUUUCGAAGAUGGACAAAGCCUCUCUUCUUGGUGAUGCCAUUACUUAUAUCACUGAUCUCCAGAUGAAGAUCAGGGUCAUGGAAACUGAAAACCAGAUGGGAAACAAUAAUCAAAAGCAGUUUCCGGUUCCAGAGAUUGAUUUUCAGGAACGACAUGAGGAUGCAGUUGUGAGGAUGAACUGCCCAUUGGAUUCUCACCCGGUUUCUGAAGUCAUCAACACUCUUAGGGAACACAAAAUUGUGGCUCAAGAGUCUAAUGUUUCAAUAACAGACAACGAUAAGGUUAUCCAUACAUUCUCCAUUCCAACUGAAGGUGGUGAUGCCGAGCAGUUAAAGGAGAAGCUGGUGGCCUCUCUUUCAAAAUGA